CAGGUGGGGAAAACACUACCUAAAGAAAGAAAAAAAUUCAUUUAAAGAGUCUUUCAUCCUUGCAAAUAUCCAAAAAACAGAAGACUAUCUACAUAGUUUGACCCUCCAGAAUGUGGCUCCAGGUGUCUCUCCUGUGUUUCUCCUUCUUAACCCUGUCCAGCCACAGCCAGGCUGAAGACCAAGCCUCCCUUUAUCGCUCCAAUGACCAAGCAGGACGCUGCCACUACACCUUCACUGUGGCCAGUCCAACAGAGUCCAGCUGCCCUGGGAGCAGUGGGAAACCAGUGAUUGAUGGAGUCUUAUCCCGGGUCACCCUGCUGGAAGCUUUGGUCAGCCGCCUGAUUCCAGGGGCGGACGCAGACACCAGGACUGAGGUUGCGGCUAACAAUGAAGAGGAACUCCAGGAAGCUUUGUCCCAGGUUACAGAUGAAAGAAACCAGCUGCAGCAGGACAAGGAGCAUCUGAACAGGCAGGUCCAGGAGCUCCAGAGGAGGAUGGCUGAGCUGAGCCAGGAGGCGGAGAGCCUCAGGCAGAAACCCUGCCAGCAGUCACACACCUCAGGGGGGACUCAGCAUGAAAACAGCCACAGACCUGCCAGUGACCCUGCCUAUGAUUUUAGCAAUGGUGCUUACCAGGAGAUGAAGGCUGAGGUAACAGAGGUCCCAGCAUCCCAUCUCCUUCCUGAGAUAAACCAGAACUUCACAGGCUGUGGUGAGCUGCUGUCAGUGGGAGAUCCUGUGUUACACAGGAAGGCUGAUGGGAUCACAGGGAAGUAUGGAGUGUGGCUGCAGGAUGCUGAACCCCAAAGCCCUCAAUACACCAACAAGACUGUGUGGCGAAUUGACACGGUGGGCAAAGAUGUCCGUCAGCUUUUUGCAUAUGAAGACAUGAGUCAGUUCGCCCGUGGCUUCCCUAUGAAGGUCCUGGUCCUUCCAGAGCCUGUGGAGAGCACUGGGGCAACAAUGUACCGCAGUUCCUUCUACUACCAGCGCAAACGUAGCCGUUCCCUGAUCCGCUAUGACCUGGCCUCUGAGAGCGUGGCAUCACGCAGGGAUCUACCUCAUGCCGGCUUCCAUGGCCAGCACCCCUAUUCCUGGGGUGGUUACACAGACAUCGACCUGGCAGUGGACGAACAAGGUCUGUGGGCCAUCUACAGCACAAGCAAGGCAAAAGGUGCCAUUGUGAUUUCCCAGCUUGACCCAGAGACCCUGGAGGUGAAGAAGAGCUGGGAGACCAACAUCCGGAAGAACACAGUGGCCAAUGCUUUCAUGGUUUGCGGACGUCUGUACACAAUGGCCAGCUACACAGCAUCCAACACCACCAUCAACCAUGUGUUCGACACAGCCACCAGCGUGGGCCGUGCUGUCGCUGUGCCCUUCAAGAACAAGUACCAUUACAACAGCAUGGUGGACUACAACCACGCCCAGAGGAAGCUGUAUGCUUGGGACAACUUCCACAUGGUCACCUAUGACAUCAGGCUGGGCAGGCCAAGUCAUGGCAGCAGCUGAAGAGGACAAAAUCAGAAAGAGACUACUGUUUACUGGACUGUGCUGAUGCAGGAGCAAGUCAAUGACAUAAAACAUAAUCA